AGGAAGAGGAGAGGAUGUGACUCUCUCUCUCUCUCCCAUGUCUCAUCCCUCUCUCUCUGCUGUUGUUUGUCUCCCUCCUUCCCCGCUUCAACCGUGGACAAAAAUGGAGCUCGGCGGAAAUUAGCCACCUCUCCCUCGUCCUCACCGCCACCGUGUUUGGAGAAUGAUCCACCGGCAGCUCGUUUUGUCCCAGGUUUUGGUCUGCUUUGGGUUGACUGGUCAUUAUGCUGAUGCAGCUCUGUAGUUUCAAGAACUUGUACCAGAAUAGGUUCCUGGGCCUAGCGGCUAUGGCCUCCCCAACUCGCAGCAGCCAGACCCGCCAACGCUGCAAGGUUGCGGCUCGUCACAGCUACGGCCCAGACAGCUUCGCUGUGAACGGCCUGAACCAGGAGGCCUUCAUGCUGGGGCUAGCGAGGUCCACCAGUGACACCGAUCUGGUCUCGCCGGAUGCCCGAUCCACCCUCACCAUCAGCUCCUCCCACUACACCAUAGGUCAGUCUGAAGACCUGGUUAUCACAUGGGACAUCAAGGAGGACGUGGAUGCUGGAGACUGGAUUGGAAUGUAUCAAGUUGAUGAGGCUUUGUCGGAGAACUUUCUGGACUAUAAGAACCGAGGAAUCAACGGCUCCCACAAGGGACAGAUAGUUUGGAAAAUUGACUCCACCUCCAACAUCAUCGACUCUGAGACCCAGGUCUGCUUCAGGUACUACCACGGCGUCACUGGAGCACUGAGGGCUACAACUCCCACUGUAACCAUCAAGAAGGGCCCGACACCCGUAUUAAAGCCAGUGGUUAGUCCUGAAGUCAACCAUGGACUGGGCAACAGGAGACUCAUCAACUUCUCCCUGUCAGACCUCCAGGCAGUUGGUUUGAAGAAGGGGAUGUUCUUCAAUCCUGACCCCUACCUGAAGCUCUCCAUCCAGCCUGGAAAGCACAGCAUCUUCCCCUCGCUGCCACACCAUGGCCAGGAGAAACGCUCCGCAGUGGUCUGCAACACUGUCAACCCACAGUGGAGCAUAGAGAGGUUUACCUUUGUGUCUCUGCCUACUGACGUCCUGGAGAUCGAGGUGAAGGACAAGUUUGCCAAGAGUCGACCGAUCAUCAAGCGUUUCCUGGGGAAGCUCUCUGUCCCUGUCCAGAGGCUCCUGGAAAAAAAUGCCAUCGGGGAUCGGGUCGUGAGUUACUCUCUGGGCCGCAGGUUGCCGACAGAUCAUGUGUGUGGCCAGCUGCAGUUCCGCUUUGAGCUGACCUCCUCCAUUCACCCAGAUGAGGACUCCCUGGUCAUGGAGGCAGCCUGUCCCGAGGGGGAGAAUGCAGAAGAUGCCAACCAUGCUGCUGAUGCUCCUGAUGACGACACACUGAGCGUGGGACCAGACAUGCCUGACCUGCCCUUAGAUGCCUCUCCUAACCCUGAGACGUCCGCGUCCCCAGCCUCCGCAGCUGAGGAGUCAACACCCGAGGAGGUGCGAUCUGGUGCUGAGAUGGAGAUGGAGGCGUCACCGGAGGUGGAGCAUGGAUCCACGGAGGAGGAGAGCACAGAGAGGCAGGAGCCCCCGUCUGCUGAGCCCCAGGUGGAACAGGAGGAGGGGGCCUCAGCUCCGCAGCAGGAGGAGAGCAGUGGAGUAGGGGAAAACGAGGGAGGAAAGGAAGACAGGCAGUCGGAGGAAGAAGAGGAGGAGCAGAUGGAAGUGUCAGCACCACAGGCGGAGGAGGGAACAGGGGAAGAAAUGGAGGUUGGGCAGGAAACUCAGCCAAAGCCAGACUGUGACAAUCCUGUAGCAGUAACAACAAAUGAUGGGGGCAGUACUGUGGAGGAUCCCACUGAGGAAACCCAGGACGCUCCUGCAGAGCCAGCAGGCAGUGCCCAACAGGAGGGGACAGAGGGCGGAGAGAGAGGCUGCAUCCCCUGUACUUGCAAGUCCCUGUUCUCAAACCACAACUCCCAUGCUCCCCCGCGCCGUAAAACCCGCCCCUGCUCCCUCCCGGUGUCAGAGCUGGAGACGGUGAUCGCCUCGGCCUGUGGUGAGCCGGAGACGCCGCGAUCCCACUACAUCCGGAUUCACCACCUCCUUCACAGCCUCCCGUCGGCCCAACAGAGAGCUCCUAGCCAGGAGGAAGAGGAGGACGGGGAGGGAGAGAUCACAAUCACCACUCAAGAUACCUCCUCCACAUCACCUACGCUCAAAACAUCCAAAGACAGAGAGGAGGAGGGGCAGGAGGACGAGGAAGAGGAGGAUACAACCCAGUCUCCUUCUCAGGUCCUGGAGUGUCCAGGUCCCUGCUGCCGGCGGUCUCUCCCCCGCAGCCUCUCCAUCGAACGCCUCUCUGAGCUUAACCAGCUCCUGGAGGGUGAAGGAGGACACCCAGCCAUCAGGAGGAUCUCUCCUUCCUGUUUAGAGAGCGAGGAGGGGGACUCCAGUACCGGAGGAGGAGGAAGACGAGUCGGCGGGAGCACCAACAGACCUCCAAAUGAAAACGAGUGCGAGUUUUGCGACACGUCCUGCUACAGCACGUCCUGCUACAGCACUUCCUGUUACAGUACGUCGUGCUACAGCAACUCAGGCUAUGAGGCGAGGAGCCGCUUCUGCAGCCACACCCGCCUGUCAUCAGUGGACAGCAACAGGCUCUCCGGCAGCACUGUGUUCUCCUCGCAGGAUGAAGAAGAAGAUGAGGAGAGCGCCUUCGAGUCGGUACCUGAUACGGCCAAUGCACCUGAGGGCCAGGAGGCGGGCGGGGCAGGAGGCGAGAGGAGGACAGGGAGGUGUAAGGAGGCCAGAAGGGGAGAGCAGGUGGAACCAGCUGUGGCCGGGCCCAGCGACAGAAACAGCAUUGGCUCAGACUUCUCCCCUCCUGUCGGCCAUCUUCCAGUCCUGCGACCCAGCCAUGACCUUAACCAUUAUCCUGCUGCCACUGACCAAGCCUUACCUCCAAACUGGGAAGCUCGCAUCGACAGCCACGGCAGAGUUUUCUAUGUGGACCACGUCAACCGCACAACAACCUGGCAGAGGCCGAGCAACAGCGGCAAGUGUAACCAUGGCAUCCCUCGCUCAGGGUCCACCCAGCAGAUGGAGCAACUCAACAGGAGGUACCAGAACAUCCAGAGGACGAUGGCCACAGAGGAGGAGGGAGGCAGUCAGAGGUUGGAGAGGAGCAGCAGCACAGAGACUGAUUCUGACUCUGCUCAGACAGGCCCCGCCUCCCCUGUCAAUCACCAGAAGAUCAGCCAUCUCAUCCAAUCACCUGCUGUCAAGUUCAUCACACACCCGGAAUUCUUCACUAUGUUGCAUAGUAACUAUGCAGCCUACAGGAUGUUCACCAGCAGCAGCUGCGUAAAGCACAUGAUCCUGAAGGUGCGCCGCGAUGCCAGGAACUUUGAGCGGUACCAACACAACCGGGACCUGGUGGUUUUCCUCAACAAGUUCGCAGACAUGCAGAUGGAGCUGCCGAGGGGCUGGGAGAUCAAGACCGACCCCCAGGGCAAGUCUUUCUUCGUGGACCACAACAGUCGAGCAACGACCUUCAUAGACCCUCGGAUCCCUCUGCAGAACGGCCGGCUGCCGGGCCACCUCGCCCACAGGCAGCACCUACAGAGACUACGCAGCUACAGCGCAGGGGAGGCCUCCGAUGUGUCCAGGAGUCGGGUGGCUUCUCUGAUGGCCCGGCCAGGAAACAGCCUGGUAGCCGCCAUAAGAAGCCAGCAUCACACUGACCCACAACUGACCCCUCCAACUUACAAUGACAAGAUCGUCGCAUUCCUCCGACAGCCAAACAUUUUUGACAUGUUGCAGGAUCGACAGCCCAGCCUGAGCAGAAACCACGCACUGAGGGAGAAGAUCCACUACAUUCGGACAGAGGGGACCCAGGGGGUGGAGAAGCUGUCAUGUGAUGCCGACCUGGUCAUUCUGUUGAGUUUAUGUGAAGAGGACAUCAUGUCCUAUGUUCCACCUCACCCCAUCCACCCCGGCUUCAGCUUCUCUCCUCGCUGCUCUCCCGUCUCCUCACCACAGAACUCUCCCGGCUUACAGAGGGCCAGGGCUCCAGCUCCGUACCGCAGAGACUUUGAAGCCAAACUGAGAAACUUCUACAGGAAAUUAGAAGCAAAGGGCUACGGCCAAGGACCGGGCAAAAUUAAGUUGCUGAUCAGGAGAGAACACCUACUGGAAGGAACCUUUAACCAGGUGAUGGCGUACUCCCGCAAAGAGCUGCAGCGGAACAAACUCUACGUCGCCUUCCUGGGGGAGGAGGGGUUAGAUUACAGCGGCCCAUCCAGAGAGUUCUUCUUCCUCUUGUCUCAGGAGUUGUUUAAUCCGUAUUACGGACUGUUUGAAUACUCAGCCAAUGACACUUAUACUGUUCAGAUCAGCCCCAUGUCGGCGUUUGUCGAGAACCAUCUGGAAUGGUUCCGUUUCAGCGGUCGUAUCCUGGGCCUGGCUUUGAUUCAUCAGUACCUGCUGGAUGCUUUCUUCACCAGACCUUUCUACAAGGCCCUGCUCAGACUGCCGACAGACUUGUCUGAUCUGGAGUAUCUGGACGAGGAGUUCCACCAGUCUCUGCAAUGGAUGAAAGACAACGACAUCACCGACAUCCUGGACCUCACCUUCACCGUCAACGAGGAAGUCUUUGGCCAGGUAACGGAACGGGAGUUGAAGUCAGGCGGCUCCAACCUGCAGGUGACGGAGAAGAACAAGAAGGAUUACAUCGAGCGAAUGGCCAAGUGGAGAGUGGAGAGAGGGGUGGUGCAGCAGACUGAGGCCAUGGUCAGAGGCUUCUAUGAGGUGGUUGACUCCAGGCUGGUGUCCGUAUUCGAUGCACGGGAGCUGGAGCUGGUUAUUGCCGGGACAGUUGAGAUCGACCUCGGUGAUUGGAGAAGCAACACAGAGUACAGAGGAGGUUACCAUGAUGGUCACAUCGUGAUGCGCUGGUUCUGGGCCGCCGUGGAGCGCUUCAACAAUGAGCAGCGCCUGCGCCUGCUGCAGUUCGUCACGGGGACGUCCAGCGUGCCCUAUGAAGGCUUUGCCGCCCUGCGGGGAUCCAACGGCCUGCGACGCUUCUGCAUCGAGAAGUGGGGCAAAGUCACAUCACUACCCAGGGCUCAUACCUGUUUUAACCGCCUGGACCUGCCUCCAUACCCUUCAUACACCAUGCUGUAUGAGAAACUGCUAAUCGCUGUGGAGGAAACCAGCACAUUUGGCCUGGAGUGACACAGACAGAAAAUGAAGAAUCAACACUGCAUCCGUCCGGGUAUCACACCUGGCUGGGCCAUAAUGCGAAGGAAAGGGCUCUGGCUCUGGUGGGCUCAUGUGGUACAGAUACCUGGAUUGUACUGAACAAAGAGGUUUUGGUCAUGUGGAUGUGUGUAUGUCACUGUUACGGUACCAUGUGGUGAAAUCUUUCACUUAGCUAUGCGGAUGUUUAUGACGGCACCCAGCACUUAGUACACUGCAGAAGGACUAGAGUUAUUUUUAUAUUAAUCAUUAAGACCGGAUAAUAUGAAUCACUGAUAUGGCGGUACAUGUAUACACAAAGAAAGGGUAUACAAGAUGGAUUCAAGAUCAUUUAUAGUUGCAUGCCCCAAAAUGCAUAAUCCAUCCAAUGAUACAAAUAUUUAUAUAUAGAUCAUAACAAAAGCAAAUAAAGACAAAUGUGUACAAAGUAAGAAAAAACAGUGACAUACCUGGUUUGAAAUUUUAAAAAUAUUUAAGUAAUAAAUCAAUAAGUAAUAAAAGAUAGAAAAUGCUUAUACAGAAAAAUACAAAGAAACAAAUGAAUCGAAUCAGAAAGAAAAAUAAAAGGUAUAAAGACAAGAGAAGCUUAAAUAGAAGCAUGUUAGACAUCAAAUGAGGGUUGGAGAAGUAAAAUGACACUUUUACUUGAAAAAUGUUGUGUGCUGAGGAAAAUUUUUGUUUUGCAAGAUUUGCAUCCUGUGAAUCCUUCAAAUGUUGACGUCGAAAUUUGUAAAUCUUCUUUGUGAAUUCAAACUUGAAUGCUAUUGAUGCGUGCAAAGUCCUGCACACAAAUUCUCAGGUGGUUUGCUGCUCGAAUAUAAUUCUGAUAAUUGUAAAUUAUUUACUCAUCCAGCCAGAUAAUCUAUUAAUGUUGCUUUAAAAAAGUAGUCCAGAGUAUAAUGCAGAAGUCUAGCAGCAAAAGGAACAAUCAUCUUUGGUUUUUAAUCUGGAGAGCCAGCAAGGAUCUGCACUGUGGCAGGUCAAUAGGAUCUCAGACUGGGACCCUAAGAAAUGCGGGAUCAAAGAAAUGCAAUGUAGCAAGGCCUCAGGUAGAGCUUGACAAACAAAUCUAUAAUUAGAACUAGUGUAAAGAUGCUUAAAUUAUAUAGACCUCGUCUGUUUGCUUCAUUCUAAGAAGUAGUCACCGCACAUUAACUUUAGCAGAAGGCAUUUGGAAAACAAACACAAAUUAUUCAGACCUCUAGAAGGCUAGUGUAACUCUUUCCCUAUCCACAAGAAUGCAAGGGUCCACUGUGCAGACAUCCAUGUACCCCCCCAAUUUGUUAGCGUUGACUUUUCCAUGCUGGUUUUUGGGCCAAUACGCUGCAAGGGCACCAAUUGCUCAUGCACCUAUCCAAGCAGAUUCCCAAUGGACCAGAAAUAAGUAUAACAACUACGCAUUUGUGAUGUUUCAGAAAAUAAAUACAGCCCAAAACAGAACUAUAGGAUUUGGAUAAAAUUACCAAAAUAAUUAGCUUGGAAGGACCACUGGACCACAGAAGGGAUACUUCAAUGUAGGAAACAGUUAACUCAUCAAUGCACAUUAAGUUAUUAUCCUCUCAGUUAACCAUGGCAAGUCAAUGUCAAUCAUUUGAAAGUCAGUUCUUUUCUUCAGCAAACAACUCAGUAUGGAGUGGUGACACUGGAGAAGUGCUGAAAGAAAGAAACAGGAAUGGUCUGGCACACUGGAAUUAGGAAAAGAGUAAUAGAGGAAUACUUCAUACUACAAACAUCCUUCAGUUAGAAAUUGCGAUACAGAGCACUAACAGCUAAUCCAGCUAAUGGGUGUGUCACACCCCCUUAAAUGGGUGGGUCUUAUGGGUAGUUGCAGGCUCCUACUACAAUACUUUGUCCACUUCUGAUACUCAAGAAGUAUUGGUAGGGGCCAGAUAGGCCUAGAUCUGGACAUGCAUCUUCCCAUUCUCUGUGUCCCAGGGGCACAAAUAUUUCGGUAUCUUUGGACAGGAAUAGAAAGAACUUCCAACAGUCUCUCCAAGCCGUCUGGCUCUGCAAGGCUAUUAACAGCAGAGACAAUGAUGUCAUGUCUCCUCUUUCAAAGUAGCCAUCAAUUCCAAGACAAGGGCUUCUGGGAUUUCCUCUGUGGAGUGUGGUCACGUUGACCCAGCAAACAGGUAGUUCAUGAGUCCUUGACUAAAAAUAAUGCACAUGUCUACUCCAACCGGAUGAAGGGGACUUUUUAUGAAUCCUGUUGGCCAGAACGGUGCUUCAUCUGUCAGCAUCUCUGGUCCUGCUGUUUGAAUGGGAGCUUCUUGUCCUCUUAUUCAGGUCUUCCACUGAUGAACCUCUCUGUCUGUGUACCAUGGUGUUGCUCUGUGCACCGAGCAGGUACUCCAACAUCUGAACCUUUACUGUCUCAAACAAGGGGACUAGUGCAAAGCAGCAUGUGGGUCUUCAAGGGCUUCAUCGGAUCGGGAUCCUUAACUGAGAAAGCUGUUCUGCUAUAAACGUCUCAUGUGGACAGGGGCCCUUGGAUGAACCAGUGUAAUAUAUGCAAUAGUUAAUAGACUGCAACAUAAGUCUGUUUCACAGUCUGCCAUAUUCUUUAGGACAGUGACUGACUGCAGUGUUCCCUCCACAUUCCUGACCCUCUGUCUACAUCUCUUGUCCAGUAAUGAAACUGUGCCUCAGUUACUUACUGCCUCAUAUGUGGCCUGUGAUUUUCAGACUUGAUACUUCAUAUCAGACAAGUCCUGAGUUCAGAAUUUGCAUUGGUUCCUUUUGAAAACUGUUAGCAUGUUCCCCUGGUGUUCACAUGGCUUUCCUGUCACGCUCGAAACACAACUCUGGUUUGUCAGAAACUCUGACACCCGAUUUACACGAAUCAUCUCCAUCCGUCUUCAUGCACAGAUAUUAAAUAUCUAAUAUCCCAAAAAAGCUAAGAAAAAAUCAACCAGACGCAUAACAGCUGGAUUGAAAUCGGACACAUUUUAGCCAGAUGUGUAAAAGGUGUAAAAGCUUUAAUCUCUCAAAGCCACAUACGUUACAGUUUGUCAUUGCAACCAUUGAAUGAGCUGUAUAAACUUAAAGGGAAGAUCCACUGAUUUGAAAACUGACACUGAAGUGUUCUCAGGUGUUGCGUGGUACCACUGCAUAUGUGAAAACAGUUGUACAAAGCCUUUUCUAAUCUCCGGAGUGAGCUGUGUGAAGUCUGAUAAAUGUCUUCAAGUUGUGUCUCUUGUGUCAGUGUCAGCUGGGUCUGAAGAUGACAAGUUGGAAAAUGAAAACAAUCUGCGCGUGGGAAGUUCAAAAGAAGUGAGUUUACCACUCCCGUGUAGCCCACUCCUCAUCUCUGAGGCUUCAGGCUACGUUAGCCUCUAUUAGCAAAACAGACUGUUGCAAUGAGGAAGAAAGUGGGAAAUAAAAAAGACUGAUUAUAUUCAUUUGUAGUCCAUUAAUGCGAGUCGUCCCUGUGUUCUUUAGCUUAAGUUACUUUGGUGCCAAACUCUAACCACACCUUAACCACCCCUAUUUGCCAUGAGGACAGCCUUUACCAACCUUAAACACAAUGUAUUUGCGAUGCAUUUGCAGGAUAUUGUAUAAAGCGAGAAUGCUUUUAAUUGUUGCCCUCGGAUGGAGAAAAUGAACAUUAUCUUAGAUUUUAGAGAAACAUCCGACAGAGACGGUGUUUUCUGGCAAAGGGGUUAAGUUAUGAGUCAAGUGUAAAUGGGGCCUAAAUUAAGUGAUUGGCCACCUGCUGCCCUGUUGUCAACCCAUUGCAAGCUGUUAAAGAUUCAGCCACCCACCUCCUAAUCCUCCAUAGAGAUUCCAGGCUUUUUUGUUCCCCACAUGACGUUAUACUAUUUCAUUUAUUAUAUUGUUAACAGUUGAAUUCACAAGAUCAAUCGAACGAUGCUUGAUGCGAUGCUUGUUGUGUUUUAUUCGCUCAAUCACUGAGAAUAAUCAAAAUGGGGUAAUCGGGGCGCUACAAAAGCAACAGAAAUGCAGGAUACCAUGUUUAAUUGUUGCAGUGGGACAGACCACAGUAUAUGUGAAGAGUAGACAUUGUGAGUUUAGGAAUAGAUUUGAUCAGAGUCCGAUAUAACUGUACUGGCAGUGAGAACAUUUGCAACACUGUGGCGAGGCCUUAUCCACACAUCUCUCCGACCUACAGGACAAGGCUGUGAUUAUGUUGCAUUCCCAGUGUUUUUUUCUACAAAUCUUUUGUACUGUUAUUUAUACUGUAUUGUAAUUAUAAGUGAUGGAAAGUCCUGAAGCUUUCCUUGAAUGUUUUGUUUGUUUGCUUUUUUUUUUUUAUUUCUUUUUUUUUAAAGAAGCAUCAGUCCAACAGUUUGCCUUCACUUUCGAAGCCUUUGUGUUUUAAUAUGUGUCUUUUUAAUCAUCUAUUAAACUAGCUGGUCAUCUGCCGCUACAUUAAGCGCUGCAUUAAGCUACGUUUCCAUUCAGUUCACAGUGUCUCGGUUUUUCUAAUUACCACUGUCACUGGUGGCAUCAUCACAUUCAUUAUUAAGGUUCUGUCAAUGCCUUCACGGAUUUUUCUUCCAUGUCAUAGCUUAUAUAUAUAUAUAGAUAUAUACAUAUAUAGAUAGAUCAUUUUACUGUACCAUGAAUUUCAAAGCCAAGUGUAUUCAGUAAGUAAUCUGCUUCGAGCAAUUUUGACAACAAAUGAAAUGCAUCAAAAUAAGAGAUUUUUGUAUGUAAUUUGAUGUAAAAUGUAAAGACAGUGUACAUAAGUCUUGCUCUUAUUAGGUUUAUAUGUUGAAUACAUGCAUUGUAGAUCUUGAACACUGGUAUUUGUUCUGGAACAAGGAAAAACACUCCCAUAACACGGAUGCAUUAGUGCACCAAGUCAAGCUAUUAGAGAAAUAUUUAAUUAAGCUUUUGGACAAGUAAUAAAUCAUGGGGCGUCUACAGAGGGGUGAAGUGGUGGCAAAUUGUAGCAGCAGUUUGGUAUUUGUGUCUGUUGAAGUUAUUUAUUUGUUCAUUUUUAUUUUACAAAAGGGAAUUUUAGCAAAGGGAAUAUGUGAAUGACUCGAUGGAUGGUGGCAAAUUUACUGGGAAGUGACACUGAAGCAUGCAUAUUUUUGUGUGUGUGUGUGUGUGUGUGUGUGUGUGUGUCCGUGUGUGUGUCUGAGAGCGAGAGAGAAAGAGUGUAUUACACAUUCUGUAUGUACAUAAUGUUGAAUAGUACAGCUCUGUCUGAGAACAGGUUGCUAAAUACUCAGGCUGUGCUAAUGCUCCACCAUACCAUACAACUGUUUAUGAAGCUCAAUAAAAAGGUCACUUUGUUACCUUGCUGCCAUUGUGUGUAUGUAUUGUACAGACUCAAACUCUGUGUGACCGUCAAAUAAAAUCUCAAGGUUCUUUCUUGACCUUGGAAACAGACAAAA